AUGUCCUAUUAUUGCCAUUCAGGUCUGUUAACAAAUAAGUUUAACAAUCUGAUCAAACAUACGGAAGAUGGUAUUCUGGUUCUCAAUAAUGCUGCUGAUACUUUAGAGGCACAAGUUGAAAACCUAUCUGAUGAGGAGCGCAGAUUGGAUCAGCAAAUAAGAGAAAUGCAGGAAAGGUUGAGGGACCUAAGCGAAGAUGAAAGCAAUAAGAAAUGGCUUUUUGUCACUGAAGACAUCAAGGGCUUACCUUCAGGGAGUAGAUUUUAA